GGGUCCUUUCUGGUGUUUAACCCUACUCUAUAAAAUACCUCUGGAAUAGAGAGGAAGAACUCCAACUCAUCCAUGGCCUCCACGUCUUCGCCGGAAAACCUCAUCCAAUCGGCCGGAGAACCCACUGGGAAAAGCAGCGUCGCCGGGAUCCGCCUUGGCGUCCCAGAGGAUGUGCCCCACCUCCUGAAACUUAUCCACCAAAUGGCUGUCUUUGAGCGCCUAACCCACCUGUUCCAAGCAACAGAGCACUCUCUCUCGUCAACUCUCUUCUCCUCUCCUCCAUUUCAGGGCACCACAGUAUUCAUUCUUGAGAUUUUGACUGAUUUUCCACGAAACCCAUGUGACGACAAGCAGUCUUUCAAGCCAAUUUUCAAGCAGCUGAUUUUCGAUCCACCUGUGGAAGAUACAGAGGCCAAAACCUUUGCUUCCUCACGAAAUGGAGAUGGAGUGGUAGCCGGUUUCGUGCUGUUUUUUCAGAACUAUUCGACUUUUAUGGCGAAAUCCGGGUUCUAUAUCGAGGAUUUGUUUGUGAGAGAGUGUUACAGGAGGAGAGGGCUUGGAAGAAUGUUAAUGGAGAGUGUUGCUGGGCAAGCUGUUAAGAUGGGGCUUGGAAGAGUGGAGUGGUGUGUUUUGGAUUGGAAUGUGAAUGCAAUCAAGUUUUAUGAGGAGAUGGGGGCUGAAGUUAUGCAGCAAUGGAGGAUUUGCAGGUUGAGUGGAGAGUCCUUGGAGGCUUACAAGGAGAAGGGUAAUGGUAAGGGAGAUGAUCAGGCUGUUUAGAGGGUCUCUCUCUACAGUUUGGUCAGGUUUUUCUCUCCCCAAGUUUUUGUGCUCUCUCUCUCUACGUUUUGUGGUGGUCUCAUUCUCCUUUUUUGUAGUCUCUCUAUCUAGAACUCUUUUCUUUUGAAUAAAAUCACCAUACUGCAUGCCUCUUUCUUCU